AUGGCUCAAUACAAGACUACAGCAGCUAAACCAGUUCAAGUGACUUUGCCCAACGGGUUAAAGUAUGAACAACCAACCGGUUUGUUCAUCAAUAACGAGUUUAUUCAGGCGCAAGGUGGGGAGACUCGUGAAGUUGAAAACCCUUCAACCAAUGAGAAAAUCGUGGACAUCGCUGCUGGUAACGAACAAGACGUUGAGUAUGCUGUCGAGGUAGCUGAGAAAGCUUUUAACAGUGAAUGGUCGACCCAGGACCCAAAAUUGAGAGCUAAGCACUUAUACAAAUUGGCAGACUUGAUCGAAGAAAAUGAAGACUUGAUUGCUGCCAUUGAAACAGCAGAUAACGGUAAGACUUUGGCUCUUUCUCACAAUGACAUUAAGUUGGCUAUCAACUGUUUAAGAGACGGUGCAGCUUAUGCUGACAAGGUCGAUGGUAGAGUGAUCAACUCUGGUGACACUCACAUCAACUUCACAUUCCAUGAACCUGUUGGUGUGUGUGGUCAGAUUAUUCCAUGGAAUUUCCCAUUGAUGAUGAUGAUCUGGAAGAUCUCACCCGCUUUGGCCAUGGGUAACACCGUCAUCUUGAAGCCUGCUUCAGCAACUCCACUAAAUGCUCUAUUCGUAGCAAACCUAGCAAAGAAAGCUGGCUUCCCUCCAGGUACUUUAAACGUUAUUCCUGGUUCGGGGAGCAAAGUGGGUAGUGCCAUCACAAACCAUAAGAAGAUCAGAAAGGUCGCCUUCACCGGUUCUACCAGCGUUGGUAGAAGCACUGCUGUCGAAGCUUCCAAGGCUAACUUGAAGAAGGUUACUAUGGAACUUGGUGGUAAGUCUGCCCACUUAGUGUUUGACGAUGUGGACAUUGAGAAAGCAGUUCCAAACCUGGUCGCCGGUAUCCUAGCUAACGCAGGCCAAGUUUGUUCUGCUGGUUCUAGAGUAUACGUCCAGGAGGGUAUUUACGAUAAGGUUGUUGAUGCCUUCAAGAAGUACGUGGAGGAAAAUGUUAAGGUUGGUGAUCCAUUCGAUGAGAGCAACUAUCAAGGUGCAAUCACCAACGAACAACAGUACAAGACCAUCUUGGAAUACAUCAAAGUUGGCCAAGAAGAAGGUGCCAAGAUUCAUGGUGGUAAGAAGUUGGAUGGCAAGGGAUAUUUCAUUGAGCCCACCAUCUUUUACGAUGUUAAAGGAGAUAUGAGAAUCGUUAAGGAGGAAAUCUUUGGUCCAGUUGUAGUCGUUGGUAAGUUCAAGACUUUGCAGGAAGCUGUCGAGUUGGCAAAUGACUCGGAGUACGGCCUAGCUGCUGCUAUCGAAACUACAAACUUGUCAACUGCUUUAACAGUCUCUAGAAAGCUACAGUCUGGUACUGUCUGGGUGAACACAUAUAACGACUUCGAUUCAAGAGUCCCAUUCGGUGGUGUUAAGCAAUCUGGUUAUGGUAGAGAAAUGGGUAAGGAGGUUUACGAGGCUUACACUAACGUGAAGGCCAUCAGAAUUAAAUUGUAA